AUGGUUACACCGGCGCUCAUGGUAACCCCGCUGUGUCAAAUGGCAUGCACCUGGGGGCAGCAAGAUCUGUCCGGCUCGAUUGAUGACCUCCCCACUGGGACGGAGGCCGGUCUGGGCUCCGCCGUCAGCGUCGCCGGCUCCUCCAGCAGCAGCAGCAGUAGCCAAGGGGAGCAGGGAGGGGCCAGCAACCAGGGACAGUCCCCCUUCUCCCCUCACGCCUCCCCCCACCUCGCCAGCCAGAGAAGCGGGCCCUCUCCGUCCCCUGUGGGUUCGCCUGCCGGCUCCACUCAGUCCCAGCACUCGCGAUCUGGUUCCGGACCCAUCUCUCCUGCCAGCGGACCCUCAGCCAACACCACCGCACCAGGUUCUGCGAUGGCCCCACAGAGCUCUGGGAAUGGACCCGAAGGAGCCCGCCCGCCUAUCCCCCGCUCACCUAUGGCUCAAGAGAAAGGGUUCAUGUCCAACAUGCAGAGGAACCAGGCAAGCUCUCAGUUUGCUUCUCCUCAGUCCGGACCUCCUAUGUCCCCGCACCCGUCCCCUGGGGGCCCAGUGUAUCCUGGGAUGGGUCCCUACCCCCAGAGCGGCCCUUCAGGCUCUUAUGGACCUCAAGGAUCACAGUAUGGACACCAAGGUAACUAUCCUCGGUCCUCCAACUAUAGUGGGCCUGCCAGUACCGGCUACAAUGGCCCCAGCCCCGGCAUGACCAACAGUCUGGGAAUGAAUGCAAGCAGCCCCAUGCACGGCCAGGGGCCCGGCCAGCCCAUACCUGUAGGACGCAGCCACGGCCCUGGCAGUCAGAACAGGGUGUACCCGCCCAUGGCUCCCAGCUCCCCCGGCAUGCCUCAGCCAGCUGGGCCCGGGAUGGGGCCUCCUUCUUUGGGUGGCUCUAACCGCAAGGCCCAGGAGGCAGCAGCAGCUGCCAUGCCAGGAUCUGCCAACUCCACAAACAACAGGCGACCUCCAUAUGUGAGGUCCCCAGCCCAGAUGCAGCCACCCCAACCCACCUCCACCCACUGGCCUGCACCCCAAUACACCUCCACCCGUCCUCCACCUUCACCUCCACUCAGAGCUCAUCUUCCACCCAUCCUGCCACCCUCACAUUCACAGCAUCAUAGGCAGGGCAGCUAUCAAGGCCCUGGCAUCAGCCAGGCGAGCACCAUGGCUACCACUAGCCCCUACAGCCAGCCAACGGGAAACAGCAGCGCAGCCGUGGGCAACGCACAAGGUCCAGCCUACAAUAUGCCACCAUCAGGAGCAAUGGGAAUGUCGGGAGACGGGAUAAUGAGCCCUGAUGGGAAACCGAAAACAGACGUAAAAGAUGACAGCGGCCCCGCCAACGAGCCUCACAAACCAAAGCUACAGGACGGCUACAUCAACAAUAACAGCAGCAGCAGCUCCCAGCAGUGUGUGUCGCAGCCAGCCACGCCAGGCGGUGCCCUUCCCGUGCCCUCCCCCCUCUCACCCAGCCCGGCCAGCCUGUCCUCCUACCACGGAGACGACAGCGACAGCAUCAGCAGCCCCCCCUGGCCCCUCAAGACACCCUCCAGUCCUAAAGCCAACCCUAACUCCUCCUCCCUCACUGGGGAGCGAAUCGCGCGGCUAUUUGAGCUGGGUGUGGAGCCAGAGAGGCGGGGCUGGGUGGAGCGAUACCUGACCUUCAUGGAGGAGAGAGGCACGCCUGUUGCACAGCUUCCCGCUGUGGGCAAGAAGCCACUGGACCUCUGGAAGCUCUACAUAGCUGUUCGGGAGAUCGGAGGCCUUGCCAUGGUAAACAAGAACAAGAAGUGGCGCGAGCUGUCCACAACCCUUAACGUGGGUACAUCCAGCACCUCCGCCAGCUCGCUGAAGAAGCAGUACAUCCAGUAUCUGUUUGCCUACGAGUGUAAGAUGGAGAGGGGAGAGGAGCCGCCAGCAGACAGCAGCAGCAUGGCUGGAGGGGACAGCAGGAAGCAGGUCAAGAUCCAGCCACCCUCACCUGCGAAUUCAGGCGGCUCCCUCCAAGGCCCACAGACGCCCCAGUCCUCCGGCAGCAGCUCUACAGCGGAGGCAGCAGGGGAUCUGAAACCCCCCACACCUGCCACCACCCCUCUGGGACAGGUCACACCACUGCCCACUAACAGGAGCAGUGUGAGCGUACAGGAUCCCUUCUCGGAGGUGAGCGACCCGGCCUUCCAGAAGCGUGUUACCUCCCUUCCCCCCUCAGCUCCCUACCAGCAGGGCCUCAGCAUGCCUGACAUGAUGAUGAGGAUGCAGUACGAGGCCAAGGACCCCUUCGCCGGGAUGAGGAAGAUGGCAGGAGCUGAUCCCUACAUACCAGCUCAAAUGCCCAGUGGAGGCAUACAGGACAUGUAUGGUCGAUCCCCGUCAGCCUUGAGCAUGAGCCAACGCUCGCAAUAUCCAUACGGGCCAGGCUACGAUAGGAGACCGGACCAUGUCAUGGGGAUGGAGGGGAACAUGGGUCCCCCUGGCAGUCAGAACAACAUGGGACCUUCUAACAGUGAGGGCAGCAUGUACUCUCCCAGUAGAUACCCUUCGCAGCAGAGACACGAUGGCUACAGUCAGCAGUAUCCCAGCAUGCCAUACGGGAUGCAUCCAUCUGGGAUGUACCCACAGCAACAGGGCUACAAACGGCCCAUGGACGGCAUGUACGGCCCCCCACCCAAGAGACAUGAGAGUGACAUGUACGCCAUGCAGUACGCCAGCCAGCAGCCGGACAUGUACAACCACUACGGUGGUGGGUACUCAGGCCCUGAACACAGACCCCUCCAGGGACAGUUCCCCUACCCCUACCCCCGCGACCGCAUGGCCCCCUCAGGUCAGAGCCAGCACAGCAUGAUGGGUGGGGGGCCCACUCCUAACCCUGCCGCCGAUGGCCCCAACAUGUGGCCUUCCAGGACAGACCUCGGCUAUCCCUACCCCAACAGACAGGGGCCUCCGUCACAAAUGCCACCUUACGGCUCAAUCGGCAGAGAUGACAUGGACGGGCGGCCGGGGCAGGAGCAGUGGCACCGUCAGUCUCCCUACAUGUCAUCAUCCGGCGGCAUGGUUCCCCUCUCCUCACGUCAGCCAUCAUCUUAUUCCAACUCUCCAUCCAUGGCCAACCACCUACCCAGAGCACCCAGCCCGGGGGCCUUCCAGCGCUCCAUGGACUCCAGGAUGUCGCCCGGCAAAGUCCCGUUCAUGUCAGCCAUGAAGAUGCCUAAGCCUGGGAUGACCAUGAUGGGCUCCCAGGGAGGCGGACCCCUUGGUCACUAUCCUCCCAACCUGAGGCGAGACCUCAACUACCCACCAGGAUCCGUGGAGGCCACCAUGCCGAUUCUCAAGCCUCGACGCAGGCUCACCUCCAAGGACAUUGGAACGCCUGAGGCCUGGCGCGUGAUGAUGUCUCUGAAGUCCGGCCUGCUGGCAGAGAGCACAUGGGCUCUCGACACAAUCAACAUCCUGCUGUACGAUGACAGCACUGUGGGCUCCUUUAACCUCUCCCAGUUGCCUGGAUUCCUCGAACUGAUUGUGGAGUACUUCCGCCGUUACCUGAUCGAGAUCUUUGGCAUCCUGGAGGAGUUUGAGGUGGGGACCGUGGCUCCGACAAGCCUUUUGGACUCUGCUGCUGACCAGAUAGAAGAAGCCAUCCCUGACCAUGAAACAGACUCUACUACCCAACCUGAACCUGAGUCAGCUCCAACAGCAGAGGGGGAGCCAGCAGCAGAGGAAGCUCCACCAGUCACAGAGCCAGAGCCAGCUGAGGUGAAGGGUGAGAAGGAGGAGUGUGAUGUGAGCAUCAAGAAAGAGGACAAGAAUGAAGAGGAUGGAGAGAAAGAGGGAAAAGCAAAAGAAGAAGAGAGUGAAAAAGGAGCAGAGAGUAAAAAGGAGUGUGCCGACCAGCCUGUACAACCGAAACCUAAACAAGCCAGUAAAUACGAUAAGCUCCCCAUCAAGAUCGUCCACAAAGAGGACCUGAUUGAAGACAUGACGAAGCACUUAGGUUACAUCACUGAGUUCACCAGCGGGCUGCUACACUGGCAGGCUGGUGGAGGUGAUUCCACAGCACACAUUCAAACACACUUUGAACCCCGGAGUGAACCACCUGCCAAGGAGGACGGAAAGACAAGAAAAGAAAAGAAAGAGGAAAAAAUGGUGGAGGACGGGAAGAAACAUAUCACUGCUACUAUCGAUGAUGUUCUGUGCGCUCGGGUCGACGCCCUUUCUUACGCCCACCCUGCACGCUCCUUGCCGUCCUACCCCUUCAGGGUGCAUCAGGACGGGGAGCAGGACCACAUCACCCUGCUGGAGGACGAGCCUCGCUGCCUGGACGAGGCUCCGCUCUCCAGAUCCUCCGCCUGGCAGGACUCGCAGGCCAAGCGGUGCCUCUGCGUGUCCAACAUCGUCCGGAGCCUGUCCUUCAUCCCCGGGAACGACUUGGAUAUGUCGCGCCACCCUGCUCUGGUUCUUCUCCUGAGCAGGCUGCUCCUGCUGCACCACCAGCACCCGGAGAGGAACAGGUCGCCUCCUAGCUACCAGCGAGACGAGCAGAAGGAGCAGGGGCUGACGAGUAGCAAAGAGGAGUGGUGGAGGGAGUGUCUGGGUCUGCUCAGGGAGAACGCCAUGGUCACUAUGGCCAACAUCUCGGGCCACCUGGAUCUCUCCACCUACCCGGACACUAUCUGCCUCCCCAUCUUGGACGGCCUUCUCCACUGGAUGGUGUGCCCUUCAGCUGAAGCCCAGGAUCCCUUCCCAUCUGUAGCACCCCACUCCCAGCUCACCCCCCAGAGGCUGGUGCUUGAGUGUCUCUGCAAGCUCAGCAUCCAGGCCGGCAACAUCGACCUCCUGCUAGCUACGCCGCCUUUCAGCCGCCAGGAGAAAAUCUUCACUAUCCUGGUGCGCUACAUCGGUCAGAGGAAGGCCCAGGUGUACAGGGAGAUGGCGGUGGCUUUUCUGUCCCACCUGGCACAGGGAGACCCCACAGCGGCAUGUGCCAUAGCCAUGCAGAAGGGCAGCGUGGGUAAUUUGGUAGGCUUCUUGGAGGAUGGUGUCAGCAUGGCGCAGUACCAGCAGAACCCUCACAGCUUGCUUCACAUGGGGCACCCCCCUAUGGACCCGCCGAGCAUAAACAUGAUGUGCAGAGCAGCUAAAGGCUUGCUGGCUAUGGCCAAAGUGGCGGAGAACAAGAGAGAGUUUGUGCUGUAUGAAAGCAGAUUAUUAGACAUCUCCAUUUCCUCUGUGCUCAACGCAGGGGUGGUGGCUAUUAUUUGCCAAGUUCUCUUUCACUUAGGGAAAUUAUGACAAGAGGAGAGGCAGGACUCACACGGCAGACACUAACAUACUUCUGUGGUUUUCUAUUUUUAUUUAUCAAAAUGACAGAAAAUGUUUGUUUUUUUAAAAAAGGAAAUAUCCACAUAAACAAAAAUAUCUCUAUAUAUGUAUAGCUUCUGGGCCCCCGUUAAAAAAGUGGGUUCGGGAUUUAAAGCCCAUUUUAAUACAAAUAUUUAAUACCUGCUGGUGUUGGAUUGCUACUUUUGUUCGGCAUUUGUUUUUUUGUUUGUUUACUUUUUUCAGCCAAAGCUGCCACCAGAUGUCGGUGCUGAAUUACGUGGUUCCUUUUGAGUCGAUGAGUCGUGGAGAUGUUUUUCAGUUUUAUAAAUGCUAAAUAUACUCAUCAACAUUUUGUUAAUGGAGAGUAUUUAUUUAAAAUGUGACACUGUACAGUAGUUUGAACUUUUUUGCCAACAGUCGUGUGUGUGUGUGUGUGUGUGUGGGGGGGUGGGGGUGGACACACACACUGACUUUUCAAAUUGAAAUGUAUAUGUCUCCAUCGCUGGAAGAUAAAUUGUGCAAUAGGACUCUAGAGCAAGUUGUCCCUUUUUGAAAAACAAGAAGAAUCUUUAAAGACACCUGCAGUGUGUGCUUUAGGCCAUGAGGAGGCAGCAUUGCACCAGCCAAUCAACAUGAGAGAAGAGCGUCUGUCAAAAGAAGUGUCUAAUUUAUCAAUCAUAGCCUCAACGACUCUCACAGAUGAACUUUGUGUUUCCUAAGCACUCGUGUUAUGUCUGUAUUUUUUCAUCACUGUGUAUAUAAACCGUUGGACGCACAUGAUUCUUUCAGUCUCAAUCAAGCAUAGCAAGAGGCUUUCCGACUAUUAUAACAAAUGCUUUUAUUGUUGGUAAAUAUUUGUUAUUGUUAUUAUACAUAUUUUGUUAAUGGGGUCAAAUAUUUGAACAUGGCAGAUGUAACUGGUGUUUCAAUGUAAAAAAAUUCCUGUAUGCAUUGUAUUAUAGCUGAGAAAACAAUCGCUUUGGUAAUCAAACGUGGAAGUGCCAGGGUGAGAGGUUACAUGAGAAAAACUGAACACAUUUCUGUUUGUUACUGUCCUCCAUUCAUGUCAAGGGGCAUAUUUUUGAAUCGAGAUAAUGCUCUAAAAAGAAACGUGUGAAAAGAACCUUCAAAAUGUCCUGAAAGCUCAUUGUAAAAUUUGCCUUUUUUCCGUAUGACUCCAUGUCUCUCUUUUAUUCAGUAUACACAUUUAUACUCUGUGCUGCACAUGUCACAAAUAAAUGUACGAUGACCAUCGUUAAGCACCGGAGACGUUGCAUUAUGUCCAGACAAUCUUAGGCCAAUAAAACAAACAUCAACUGCUUA